AUGGAAGAACAAAGCAGCAUGCAAGAACAUGUCAUGGCUCCAACAAUAUCAUAUCGAGGAGUUCGAAAACGAAAAUGGGGCAAAUGGGUAUCAGAAAUUCGUGAGCCAGGGAAGAAAAGUAGAAUAUGGUUAGGGAGCUAUGAAGCACCAGAAAUGGCUGCAGCAGCAUAUGACGUGGCAGCGUUGCACCUCAGAGGACGCGCUGCAAGGCUCAAUUUUCCUGAAUUGGUUGAGUCUCUUCCAAGGCCAGCAAGUUCUAGAGCUGAGGAUGUGCAAGCUGCAGCUCAUCAAGCAGCAAUGAGGUUCAAGAGAUCACCAAUAGUGUUGUCAUCUAAGGAGUGUAGCAAUAAUAACAAUAGCAAUAUUAACAAUGGUAAUAAUAAGGGUAGUGUUGAUCCUGUGAGGGUGGGGUUGUCACCUAGCCAAAUUCAGGCCAUUAAUGAGUCACCAUUGGAUUCACCAAAGAUGUGGAUGCAAAUGGCUGAGGCACUCAAGUUUGGGUUUGAUGAGUCUAUGAUGAUGGUGUGUUGUGGUGGUGGUGAUGAUUGUGCUUUGGAGUUGAGUGGAUGGGAAGAAAUACAGCAUGAGUCCUUGUGGGACUCAUGA